GGGAACUAGAGUAAUAAUGUGUCCGAGUGGAAAGUUGGGAUGGUGUUUGAGGAAACCACAGGGUGUAAAUGAGGCCCUAUCUGAUUAACCAAGGCCAUAAAAAAUAGUUGAAGUUAAACUAGGCUGCAUCCAUGUAAAUGAGAACUUGUUCUGAACAAGCCUACCUGGUUAAAUAAAGGUGAAAUAAAAAAUAAAUGGAAGAUCGUUAAUAUCUUGUGCUGGUCAGGUUCAGGAAGACCGACUCAGAUUAAGUCUGAGGCCAGUAAUAUCAACAGUGAGGACAAACCCAGCCUGCCACUCUCCUUCCACACUGAGUAGAAACCUACAGUCACUGGGUCCUGAUUGUGACAGUGGAGCCCAGUUUGCCUUGCAGGAUCCAGAGAUGGCAUCAGUGAAUCUGGAAGACUGCAGUCAAACACUGGAGCUGAAUGUCAACCUUAAAGAUGAAGAAGAGGAGGAGAAGAUUAGGACAAUUGUUAGUCAUGGAUACCAUGUUGAGACAUUCUCCACAUCCAGAGAGCAACAGCAGGAAGAUCAGAGAGCUAAGAGGUCUCAUCACUGCCCACAUUGUGAAGAGAUUUUCCCAUUUCUAUCAAAGCUAAGAAUACACCUAAAAAUACACACAGGAGAGAAGCCUUACUCCUGCUCUGACUGUGGGGCGAGUUUCUCUCAUCUGGGCACCUUAAAAACACACCAACGUAUACACACAGGAGCGAAGCCUUAUUCCUGCUCUGACUGUGGAAAAUGUUUUAAAACAUCAAAUGAGCUAAAACGUCAUCAGACAACACACACAGGAGAGAAGCCUUUCUUCUGCCCUGACUGUGGGACUAGUUUCUCUCAGCUUUCCCACUUAAAAUCACAUGAACGUAUACAUACAGGGGAGAAGCCAUACUCUUGCUCUGACUGUGGGAAAUGUUUUAAAACAUUAUAUGAGCUACAAGUUCAUCAGAGAAUACACACAGGAGAGAAGCCAUACUCCUGUUCUGACUGUGGAAAAGGCUUCACAAAGUCAACUUAUCUAAAAGUUCAUCAGAGAACACACACAGGAGAAAAGCCAUACUCCUGUUCUGACUGUGGGGAGAGAUUCUCUCAAACGAGCAGCUUAAAAGCACACAAACAAGUACAUACUGGAGAGAAGCCUUACUCCUGCUCUGAGUGUGGGGCGAGUUUCUCUCGACUGGACACCUUAAAAGCACACCAACGUAUCCAUACAGGAGAAAAGCCUUACUUCUGCCCUGAAUGUGGGAAGAGUUUCUCCCUAUCGAGUACCUUGAAAUCACAUGAACGUAUACAUACAGGAGAGAAGCCUUACUCCUGCUCUGACUGUGGGGUGAGUUUCUCUCGACUGGAUACCUUAAAAACACACCAACAUAUCCAUACAGGAGAAAAGCCUUACUUCUGCCCUGAAUGUGGGGAGAGAUUCUCUCAAAAGACCACCUUAAAAUCACACCAAUUAAUACAUACAGGAGAGAAGCCUUACUUCUGCUCUGAUUGUGGGAAGAGUUUCUCCCUGUCGACUACCUUGAAAUCACAUGAACGUAUACAUACAGGAGAGAAGCCUUACUCCUGCUCUGACUGUGGAAAACGUUUCUCCCGAUCGGGUACCUUGAAAUCACAUGAACGUAUACAUACAGGAGAGAAGCCUUACUACUGCUCUUUCUGUGGAAAACGUUUCUCCCGAUCGGAUACCUUGAAAUCACAUGAACGUAUACAUACAGGAGAGAAGCCUUACUUCUGCUCUGACUGUGGGAAGAGUUUCUCUCACCUGGGCAACUUAAAAACACACCAACGUAUACAUUAACUUCAUGUGGGUACCUGGGACGGUUGUGUCCCACCUCGUCAACAUCCGGUGAAAUUGCAGAGUGACCAAUUCAAAUUGAAUUACUCUAAAUAUUUACAUUUCAUGAAAUCACAAGUGUAAUACAUCAAAAUAGAGCUUAACUUGUUAAUCUAGCCGCCAUGUCAGAUUUCAAAAAGGCUUUAAGGCAAAAGCAAACUAUGCGAUUAUCUGAGGACGGCACUCAGCACACAAAACAUUACAUACAGUUACCAGCCAAGUAGACUGGCACGAAAGUCAGAAAUAUGAUGAUCUUCAUAUGGUUGCACUCACAACACUCCCAGUUACACAAUAAAUGUUCAUUUUGUUCGAUAAAGUCCCUCUUUAUAUCUUGAAACCUCCAUUUUGUUGGCACAUUUUGUUCUGUAAUCCAAUGGCUCAAAUGAGGUCACAAGAGGCAGACGAAAAUUCCAAAUAGUAUCCUGUAAAGUUUGUAGAAACAUGUAAAACUAUGUUUAUAAUCAAUCCUCAGGUUGUUUUUAGCCUAAAUAAUAGAUAAUAUUUC